UACCAAAUUAUUAAUAAAUCAUAAACCGCACGAGGGAACGGUGCAGUUGAUACUAAAGCACUCAAUCGUAGUACUUUACAAAGUUUUGUCGCGUGUACUUCACUGUAUUUAGCAAAUUUUAUCGACAGUGGUCGUAGAAAUGCAGAUACUCUCUUUGAAUUUCUUGCUAUAUACCAUUGGUGGUGUAUGGCGACCAAUCGAGUGGUCUUCAACUCGUUCCAAGUUGUUGUAUAACUUGGUUACCUUCUACAUGAUAUGCUCGUUACCGUUACUGCUUGUAACUGAACUGCUGAAUAUCCUUUUCGUUGACAAUAUAGACGACUGUAUUAUUACCCUCAUGAUGUUUCUUUCAAUUUUCACUUGUACAUUCAAAAUGUUUGUAGUUGUUAUUCAUCGUGAUAAAAUAAUUAAUAUACUCGAAACACUGCAAGAAAAACCAUGCAAAGCUUGCACCGAAGAUGAGAUGGAUAUCCAACUAAAAUUCGAUCGUUUAAUCAGGUCACAUUCCAUAAGCUAUCUGGUGUUAUCAUUGCUUUCUGUACUCGGCAGUAUGAUAGGUGCGAUACUUGAGACUUUAGAAGGCACAUUACCCUACAAAGCGUGGGUACCUUACGAUUACAGUUCGUUGUUGUCACUCUGGCUUACAUCUCUUCUAGAGAACAUUAGUGUAGGUUUGGGCCUAUUUAUAAGUGUCGCUACGGAAACCUCAGUUAUGGGAUUUUGCUUACAAAUGUGCGCACAAUUUGAAAUUCUUAAACAUCGUCUUCAAAGAAUGGUGAAUCCUACAGAAGAAAUUCCCGAACAUUUCCAGGCUCAUAUGCCAAAGAAAACGAGCAGAUUGUCAGAACACAUUUGUCACCACCUGGUCAUAAUCAGAAAUGUCAGAAUGGUCAACGACAUAUUCAGCGUAGUGAUCUUUGCCCAGUUUUUCGCCAGCAUGUUAAUAUUGUGUACAAGUUUGUACUUCGUAUAUUCUCAUACAAUCGCAGACGCAGCUCCAUUAAUAAUCUACGCAUUGUGCAUGUUUGUGCAAAUUUUUGUUUAUUGCUGGGCCGGGAACGAAGUUAUACUUAAGAGUACAGGAUUGAGUGAAGGUGUAUAUGAAAUGGAUUGGACAUUAAUGACAAUUAAUGAACGAAGAGAUUUACUGAUGAUUAUGAAGCGUAGCAUGAGAUCCGUUAAACUUACAAGUAGCUUCUUAGUGACCUUGUCUUUGGAAUCUUAUGGUAAUCUUCUGAAGACAUCUUACUCUGCAUUUAGUGUUUUGCAACAAUUUUUAUUAUUUAUAAUUGUAAAGAUGCAAUUACUCUCGUUAAAUUUUUUAAUGCAAACCAUUGCUGGUAUAUGGCGACCUACCGAGUGGCGCUCAAGUGGUGCUAAGCUGCUGUAUAAUGUCUUCACCAUUUUCAUAUUAUUCUUGAUUUACUUUCUGAUGUUAUCUCAAUUCAUGGACAGUGUUCUUGUUGUCGAUAAUAUUGAUGAUUUUGCUACGAAUUCGUUAAUGUUUGUGAGCAUGAUUGCUGUUUGUUGUAAAGCUACUGUCAUUGUAGUACGUCGAAAUGCAAUCAUUAAUUUAGUAGAAGUAUUGUUAAAGGAGCCAUACAAACCUCGAGACGCAGAUGAAGUGGCAAUACAAACAAAAUUCGAUGAGUUUAUUAGGUCAUGGUCAAGAAAGUAUCUGAUUUUGGCAACGAGCUCUGUUACAAGCGUAACAAUAGGAUCAUUGCUAAAUGUUAUGCAUGGUUAUUUACCUUACAAAGUAUGGCUACCAUAUGACUCUAGUACAUCUCCCACAUUUUGGAUUACAUCUAUACAGCAGAUAAUAACUGUCAUUUUUGCAACUAUUAUAAAUGUUGGAACCGAAACUCUAGUCUUUGGAUUUAUUUUGCAGACUUGUGCUCAGAUUGAAAUUUUUCAGAAUCGUCUUGAAAAAUUAGUGAUUUAUAAAACAACUAAAUAUGCGGAACAUUCAUUUGCCUCAUCGAAUAAAAAAAAAGCUACAAUUUCAGAAUAUGUAUGUCAUCACCUCAGUAUUUACAACUACGCUAAAACGUUAAAUAGUAUUUUCAAUCCGAUAUUCUUUGUACAAUUUUGUGGCAGUAUAAUAGUAUUAUGUACAAGUGUAUAUUAUAUAGCUGGCCAUAUUACGGAUUCUGAAAGUGCCACUUUGCUGGUAUUCACUAUUUGUAUGUUUGUACAAAUAUAUGUGUAUUGUUGGUCUGGAAACGAAGUCAUGCUCAAGAGCGUGAAAGUAGCGGAUAUCAUAUAUCACUUGGACUGGCCUUUAUUGUCAGUGAGUGAAAAGAAAGAUUUGUUAAUAAUUAUGAUACGCAGCAGAAUUCCUAUACAAUUUACAAGCAGUUUCUUGAUAACUUUGUCUCAUCAAUCCUACAGCAACCUCCUGAAAACAUCAUACUCGGCAUUUAAUUUAUUACAACAGUCGUGAAAUACGAGUAAGCGAAUAUGUUUUGAGUCUAUCGUAUAUGCGUAUAAUAACAUUAAAAAUAGUAUUAUAAUUUUGAAUAAAUAAGUGACAAAACUACUGUGUUGUAUAGUUUAUAUAUGCUUUGACAUAUUUUUAAAUUUAAUUUGCCAUUAAAUUCGAAUAC